GCUGCCUCCAGGCCCGAAAGCGUCGUUACAUCAUUUCUCUGCCCCGAGACCCAAAACCAUCCACAACAAUAAAACACUUCGUCACCAUGGCUGCUACCGAGUCUAAGCCUUCGGAUAACCCAUCUUCAGCCACUAACGGCGAAAAGAAGCCCAGUGACGCGUCCCUGAAAACGGAAGGCACCACCAAUGCUGAACCGGGUCAACCAUUGGCACCACCACCGAAGCCUAACGAGAACGGCGGUGAUUAUUUUUCCAGCAACUUGAGCCUUGAACCAAACCCCUUUGAACAGUCAUUUAGCAACGGCGGCACCGUCGAAACCCCAGGAGGGACCAAAUUGCCCAGUGUGGCUGCCCUGACAUCACCGUCGUCGUUGUUGCCCGGGAAUGGGAACACGCCUUUCAACUGGGGAGGAGGAUCUCUUAGGACGGGACCUCUGAGCCCAGCAAUGCUGUCCGGCCCAACCAAUGACUACUUCGGCGAUACAUCUCACACCCUGCGCGGUGGUUUUACACCUAACGAAAGUUCUCUCCGAACAGGCUUAACACCAGGAGGCAGCGGUUCUAUGUUUCCUGCUCCGAGUCCUAACUCACAAGCCCUUUUCAACCAGUUAGCAAGUGGUGGCGCGACCCCGAGCACCCUUGACUUCCAUCGAACUGCUAUGAGCGCGGCGGCCGCCAAGGCAAACCGCGAUCAAAACCAGUCUGCAACUUCAGCACCACAAGACAUGGCCAACGGCGCCGUCAAGGCAGAAAAUAAACCAACGUCAGGCCAAUUCGAUCCACACGACAACGACGCCGCGAAUGGCCUUUUUAUGCUGGCUCAAGGAGCUCAGCAACGCAACGGCGGCCAAACCACGAAUCAACAAUUCCCUGUCGGAGGUAAUCAGCCGGGGCAUGCCCAUCCCGCACCAGCCACUCAAAACAACACAUCACCGCACGUGAACAGCAAAGGGAACGGCUCUUCGAUUGACGCAUCAUCUGUCCGAGGUGUCAGCGAAGCUGCCAGUGGCGCAUCAGAUGAAAUGGAACACUCACGACCCACUACUCGAGGGAAGGGCAAGCGUGGUUCCGGAGCCAGUAACGCGAUCCCCAAUGGCAGACGCAAGGCUGAAGAGCCGCCCGCAAAACAACCUGCGAGCAAAAAGAUGAAGACGGCACCAUCCAGCAACGAUGACGAAGAUCAUUCAUCUGAUGAAGACGAAGAUGGCCACAUGGGCAAAGACGAGAAUGGUCAACCCAAAUCUAAAAUGACGGACGAGGAGAAGCGGAAAAAUUUUCUCGAGCGGAACCGCGUUGCGGCCCUCAAAUGUCGACAGAGAAAGAAGCAGUGGCUAGCUAACCUUCAAAACAAGGUGGAGAUGUUUAGCAGCGAAAACGACGCUUUGACUGCUCAAAUUUCACAGCUUAGGGAAGAAGUAGUCAACUUGAAGACAUUGCUACUGGCUCACAAAGAUUGCCCGGUCACUCAACAACAAGGUUUGCAUGGCGCUUUCAUGCAACAGGCUAUGGAAUCAUACAAUCCUCAAAUGAAUCCUUACGGUAUGGGUGCUCCCAUCCAAAACCAGCAGUCAGUCAUGGCGGGCCAGUCAGUACAGCGACGUUUUUCGUAGGAGGAUGACGCCGGAGCUAUAGGAGAGACUCAUCAUCAUGCCGUAAAGCAGGAGGGCAUGACCACUUGUUUGACGAGUGAGGACAUGUCCGAGGAUGACAAAAGCCGAUUCCGUGACAGCCUCGACAAGCUACUCGCCUAGAUAAGGAGGAGGUCGGGCCGAUAUUUAGAUGGAUUUGAACCUUCUCAACGGUCGAAAGAACUGUUGAUUGUUCCCACGGAGGAGUCGCCUUUCGCUCUCCAACCUGUAAUAAUAUUGUUGAGCUGAUGAGAAGACAUGCUGGCGUUGGGGUUCAUGGCUAUACAAUAACAAUCUACA